AUGCGCCUGUUCCACGCCUCUACCUCCUCUCUUCUUUUUCUCCUCUCUACUGUCGUGGUGACGUCCGCCUUAACGGUCGUUAUUCCCCCCUCAAAUCUUCUUCCCAACCCCAAUGCUCUCCCUUCCGGCACGCACGCAACUCUAACGUCCAUCCCAUCGUCAACGCAAUCCAAGAGUGGCCAUGUCUCUCCUCACUCACUGACUGCCCCUCUGACGCGCUCCGCGACCUUCAUCUUCCAGAACCUAGACUCUACGGGGAAGCCCGAGUCUUACUUGCUUGAUGUCCGAUCCGCAGAAUACGUCUUCACGCCUUACCGGGUUGAUGUCGCUGCAGACGGUACGGUGCUAGGCAUUUGGGAGACAUUUCGUGGGAACCCAUGGGAGAAUCGUGGCGCAGAGAGAUACGUCCUCGAUGCUGCUUCCGUGAAUGCUGCCAAGUUGCCCGAAGUGGCAGUAGAUGCUAAAGUCCUAGCUAGAAGAGGCUUCUAUGAGGAGAGACCUAAAUGUGAGUAUCUCUGGGAAGGAGAAGCUUUUUGUAUGAAGUACACUUGUUGUUUUCAAGACGCUUAUGGAUCUAUCCUCCUAGUCUCCCCUCUUUCUUUGUUUAAGAAUCCUAUGAUUUUGCUCGCCAUAGUAGCUUUGGGGUUUACUUUCGGAAUGCCGAAGUUGAUGGAGAAUAGUAAGUUUAACAUCGUAACUAUUUCCCUGCGCGACGCAAUCACAUAUGUGUUUAUAGCGCAUGCUUCCCUUACUCAUAUCGCUCCAGUGGAUCCCGAAAUGCGUGCCGAGUUCGAAAAACACUCUCGGGCUUCUCCUAUCUCCGGUGCAACUCGUAGUGCCAUGGCUGGUGGCGGUGCACCGGGCAACUUUGAUUUCGCAGGAUGGAUGGCUGGUGCCCAUCCAAGACCAGGUGGUCCAGAGCCUGCUGCUCUUCAGGGAGUAGCGACUGGCAGGGAAGGUGGAAAUGUACGAAGACGAGGAUAG